AUGUCGAGGAGCCAAAUGGUGACAGGCAACAAUACAGGAGGCUUAAAGCAAAUACACUUGGACCAGAUAUGGGGUGACCUAAACGCUGGAAUCCAACAUGUAUACAACUGGCAGGCUAUGCCAAAGUCUCGCUAUAUGGAACUAUACACUCAUGUUUAUAAUUACUGCACCUCAGUCCAUCAAGCCAAUGGCAGAGCAUCAUCAAAUUCUAGUUCUAAGAACAAAAAAAAUAUGGCUGGAUGUGGUGCACAACUAGUUGGGCUUGAGCUGUAUAAACGAUUAAAAGAUUUUCUAAAGAACUAUCUAGUGUCUUUAUUGUCUGACGGGAUGCAUCGUAUGGACGAAGACGUACUCAAAUUUUACACAGUGCAAUGGGAGGAGUAUCAGUUCAGUUCUAAAGUGUUGAAUGGCGUGUGCUCCUACCUAAAUCGUCAUUGGGUUAAGCGCGAAUGCGAAGAAGGGCGCAAGGGUAUUUAUAACAUCUACCAGCUUGCUUUGGUGACCUGGAGGGACCAUCUUUUCAAGCAACUCAAUAAACAGGUGACCAACGCUGUGCUGAAGUUGAUCGAGAGAGAACGUAACGGCGAAACGAUCAAUACACAUUUAGUGUCGGGAGUGAUCAGUUGUUAUGUGGAAUUGGGCCUCAAUGAGGAGGAACCGGGCGCUAAAGGUCCCAAUCUUAGCGUGUACAAAGAGAGCUUCGAGAACGUCUUUUUGGAGGACACCGAACGUUUCUAUACUUCAGAGAGCACUCUGUUUCUCGUAGAGAAUCCCAUAACUGAGUACAUGAAAAAAGCUGAAUUACGCCUGUUGGAAGAGCAACGUCGCGUUCAGAUGUACCUCCACGAGACAACACUGGAUAGAUUGGCGAAGACAUGCGAACGAGUGCUUAUCCAAAAGCAUCUGGAGUUGUUCCAUUCGGAGUUCCAGCAGUUGCUCGAUGCGGAUAAGGAUUCCGACCUGGGUCGCAUGUAUUCGUUGGUGUCGCGAAUUCCGGAUGGUUUGGGCGAGCUAAGGACUUUGCUCGAGCAGCAUAUUGCCGCUCAAGGUUUGGCCGCCAUCGAGCGGUGCGGUGACAGUGCUAAUAACGAUCCUAAGGUGUAUGUGAACACAAUCCUAGAAGUGCACAAGAAGUACAACGCGCUCGUACUUGUCGCGUUUGGGAAUGACAGCGGUUUCGUGGCCGCGUUGGACAAAGCGUGUGGCCGCUUCAUAAACGCAAAUGCGGUCACCAAACUGGCAAACUCGAGUAGUAAGUCUCCCGAACUUCUUGCCAAGUACUGCGAUCUGCUCCUCAAAAAGUCGAGCAAAAAUCCGGAAGAAGCAGAACUCGAGGAUACACUUAAUCAAGUGAUGGUCGUUUUUAAGUACAUCGAGGACAAAGACGUGUUUCAGAAAUUCUAUAGUAAAAUGUUGGCCAAGAGACUUGUGCAACACAUGUCGGCCAGUGACGAUGCCGAAGCUUCUAUGAUCUCUAAGCUGAAGCAAGCUUGUGGUUUCGAAUACACAUCCAAGUUGCAAAGAAUGUUCCAAGAUAUUGGAGUAUCCAAAGACUUAAAUGAACAAUUUAGGAAUCACUUAAUGAAGUCAAAUGAAACGUUAGGAAUCGAUUUCAGUAUACAAGUAUUAUCAUCUGGAUCGUGGCCUUUUCAGCAAUCGUUCACAUUUGGUUUGCCGUCUGAGCUCGAACGAAGUGUACAUAGGUUUACAAAUUUCUAUUCUGGUCAGCAUUCCGGUAGAAAAUUGAAUUGGUUAUAUAAUAUGUCGAAAGGAGAACUGAAUACGAAUUGUUUUAAAAAUAGGUACACUUUGCAAGCUAGCACUUUUCAAAUGGCUGUGCUCCUUCAGUUUAAUGUAUCAAAAAGUUGGACAAUAGCACAACUAGAAGAGAAUACUCAAAUUAAAACCGAUUUCCUCAUACAAGUUAUUCAGAUAUUGCUUAAAGCGAAACUGAUAACUUGCGAGGAUGAUGAAAAUGAUCUUAGUCCAAGUUCUACUGUAAAUUUAUAUCUACAUUUCAAGAAUAAAAAGCUCAGGGUUAAUAUAAAUAUUCCGAUGAAAACUGAACUGAAACUGGAACAGGAGACCACCCAUAAACACAUAGAAGAAGACAGAAAACUGUUGAUACAAGCAGCAAUAGUGCGAAUCAUGAAAAUGCGUAAAGUUUUGAAGCACCAACAACUUGUAGCUGAAGUUCUCAACCAGCUGUCGUCUAGAUUUAAGCCUAGAGUUCACAUAAUUAAGAAAUGUAUAGAUAUUCUAAUAGAAAAGGAGUAUCUGGAACGAACUGAAGGACAAAAGGACACCUACAGUUAUUUGGCAUGAUUCAAAUAAAUGUGGCUGUUUUAAUUUAUUGACUAAAAAACAGGUUUGUGAUUGUGCAGAUGUGAAAUGUAUAAUUGUAAAUAUCCAGAAUUGUAUUUGAUUCAUUAAAGUAAAAUUGUUAAUAAACGAUCAUUUACGAUUCAUUUUUAUAUCCACGUUCAAUUUAGAAAUUGGAAUAGUUUUCAUUAACCAAUAUUAUUGAUCUUAUAUUCUCAUUAAUUUUUGUGUUUUCGGUUUGUACGAGUUUUUUAAAUUAAAUAAUAAAUCAAGAGAACAAGGACUAAUAAUAUUUGGUCAGUGAUUCUUCUAUAAUGUAUCACAGUACUUGAGCAAAAAUUGGAAAAAUCAAUAUUUUAUAUUUCAAUAUGUAUAUAUUUACAAAUAGAAAAAAAUGGAUGGGAGUUUUAAAUUUUUAUGUAAUUUGACAAUAAACGAGUAGGUUAUCCUAAAUGAACCUGCACUUAUACCACCUAAAAUUUGUGUGGUUCUGUAGCGUCCGUACUUAUCCACUUAUUAAAAUGCCAUGUCGAUAUAGAAUAUCCAAUGAAUGCUUUAAUACGAAUAUUGUCUAAAUUUACACAUAAAUAUUUGCAAUUUUUGCUCAUUCUGUAGAUUUACCUUAAUUACACACUGUACAUUGUUAAAAUUAUAUCAUUUUUAAUUUUAAUAAAGGAUGUGACUAAAACCGCAAAUGGAAAAUUAUUAAAUACAAAUACACUGUACAUUUUUCAUUGUGUUAUAAUUGUUUAUGUAUUUCCUUAACUGUUAAUAAAUCUCUAUUUGUGAUACUUUAUAUGUGUAUUUGUAUUAUUGGUUUCAAAUCCAUGACAUGUCUAUAAAAAAAAUUCAAAAACACUUUUUAAAACACUUUUUUACAGAUGUCGUUUGACUGAGUAAUAAUUUAUCUUGCUUAACAUGUUAAUUUUAAGAAUACUUUAGGUUAACACUUGUUUUUUGUACAGUAGUUUAGUAUGAUUUUUUGCAAUUAUUACCAAUUUGUGGUUAUUUGACUUCUUAACCUGGCAAGUUAAGAAGUCCUUGUAUUAUUUUUAUUGAUUAAAAUCUGUUAUACAAAGUCA